CUCUGCCCCUCUAUAUAUAAUUAAACUAAACACCAUUGAAUGACUCUCACUCUCCGUUUUCAAAGGUGUCAUCGUUAAAUCUCAUUCUCUAGUAUCUUCUCUAUCUGCAGCUAUCUUGAUUACUCAUUUUGUUAAUUGGUUUGUUGAUAUUGGUGCAUUUCAUUGAGAAGGUGUAUUCACUCCUUAGAGGAAAGAAAAAAGAGAAAAAUGUGGUGACAUUGUUGGAGUCUGAUACUAACAAUAAAAGUAGUAUUAAUAUUAACAAUUUUAAUUACAAUCAUAAUAAUAAUAUUCCUCAGUUGAAGGCAAGGAUGUUGGCUAUUUUCAAAAGCAGUUUGGUUGAUCCACCAAAAGAGCUCAACAGCCCUGCUUCAAUGGAUUCAUCCACAAACUCUAUGCUUCCCAAUGAGAUCCUUCACCAUUUCUUGUCAUCUGAUCCUUCCAAUGCUUUCUCCAUGAAUUUUGGAAAUGAUGCUCUUCUUGCUUAUUCCCCAUCAAAAAAGCCAUCAGUUCAUCAUGGAAUGUUUUGUGGUUUGGACAAUAUAUACUGUGCAUUCAUGGGAGGUCUGAACAACCUAAGCCAGCUCAUAAAACAGUAUAGACUAUCAAAGGGAAGCAAUGAUGCCAUGUUUACAAUUGAAGCUUAUAGGACACUACGUGAUAGGGGUCCAUACCCUGCUGAUCAGGUUCUCAAAGAGCUUGAUGGCAGUUUUGCAUUUGUCAUAUAUGAUGACAAGAAUGGAACAAUUUUUGUUGCAUCAGAUUCAAAUGGAGAUAUUGGACUCUUCUGGGGCAUUGCAGCUGAUGGAUCUGUAGUUAUUUCUGAUAGCAAGGAGCUUAUUAAAGCAAGCUGUGCUAAAUCAUUUGCACCAUUUCCCUCUGGGUGCAUGUUUCACAGUGGGCAUGGACUGAUGAGUUAUGAGCAUCCAAAUAGGAAGCUGAAGGCAAUGCCAAGGGUUGACAGUGAGGGGAUCAUGUGUGGGGCCACUUUCCUCGUUGACUCCCAAUCAAGGAAGUCUAUCAUGCCACGUGUUGGAAGUGAAGCCAACUGGGCUGUCUGGGGCCCACAAGCCUAACUAUUAUUAAUUAACCAAUAUAAUCCAAUACUCUUCUUCUUUUUAGACAAACAUGUGUUUGAAUUUGGUACUUUGCAGCAUGAUUCUGGUGUGACAUUUUCUUUAUAUGGUAGAUUUCUCAAUUUGAACAGCAGCUACGAAAAUGCAUAUAUUAAAAGAAUCAAUAAUAUCUAUAUUACAGUAUUUCUACUUGUUAUUCUGAAUAAAAUUACUAACAAAAAUUGAAACCUCUAUUUAAAUCCUUAUUUAAAGCUAUUCAGCUUAAAGAGAAAUAGCAGUAAGAAAAAGAGAAAAAUGAGGUUCCACGUCAGCAACGUUUAAACGGCACUUUGCCAAGGGAUUAACGGGAAUGUAUGUGGAGUUUAUGGGAUUUAGUUGGUCAUUUAUUAGAGUGAGAAACUAAAAUUUCAAAGAAAGUUUUAGGUAUUUACUCGAUUGAAAAAUGCUUCUUUUCUGUGAACUUGCGUGUUACGUUAGUUUCUACUAUAACAUUUUUUUCUUUCUUCAACAAAACAAUAACCGGAUUAACACUUAAAUUUGGGAUACAAUUUGAAACAAAUUUGUAUAUUUUUCACAUAUGUAUGUAUAUGAAAUUUAAAACUAAAUUGUUAGUUAAUAUUUUCAGAUACAUGCAGCACUUUGUUAAUAUAUUAUGCAAUCUAAAUUUAAUUUAUAAUUUCGGUAUAUAUAAUCACUGUGAUCUGUUAGAAAAUACAUUUGUUCCAAGUGUUAUGCCAUAACAACUUACUUAUCCAUAUGCAAAUUAUAGUUUGCAAAUGGCAGUGCCCUUCAGCAUGUCCUUCGAUGUCAUAAACAAUAAAAUGAACUAUACGUGUGUUAAGAGAUAUCUAAACUAGUAUAGUGACCCAUAUUCUAUUAUCAGAAAAAUCGUGAUGUACACCAUGUACAAGGAAGUAAGGAGUUACAGGAAUUAAGGUUUUUAAUGACAUUGAAAUAGGGGGGAAAAAGUAGUUCCUUUAACCUACAAAAGCAAGAUCCCAUCCCUUUCAAAAAAUGCAACCUUGAACAAAUUGUGGUUUGAUGAAGAGGCUAGAGUUGUUGGCCAUAGCUGG